AUGGCUAGGACAACAUCCUAUCCGAUCAGCCAUCUCGCCCGGCUUAGCCUCUCGAGUCUAUUAGUCGGGAACCAGUUCUUCACCAAGACCCUUCAGAACCUUGCUCCACAACCAACAAUUCUUUCUCCCUCGAAUAAUCCCCGAAACCAAAGCUUGUUCAUGCAAACAGAACGAGUGUCUCUAGCAGUUCGGCAUGAGGCGAGACAAACUAAGUGGCUGUACCAUGGAAAACUGAUUGGCCAGAUCAGGGGGAAAAAACACGUCUUGGACAAAAAAGAGACAACAUGCGGCCAGGAGUAG